AUGCUGUUCAACAUCUUGAUUGUUGCUCUUUUGGCGCUUGCCUCCGGUGCUGCUCCAACACCUGCUGUCCCACAGGUUGAGGGAGAGAGAUCAGCUCUUCAGGGUGCAUCAUCCAUUUCUAUACCUGUAGCUUCGCCCUUGCCUCUCGUUCCCUCGAGUAGUCCUUUCAAUGGCAGCGAGAUCGGGUCGGAACUACCAUCUGGUCAGUCCGGUUCACCAACAGCAAAUACGGAAUCAAACAACUCGACAUUUACGGUACCGACUGUUCCUACGCCGCCAAUCCUAGGGCAGUCGUCUGGGAGUUUGACCACAGCGCCAACGAACUUGUCGAAUCCCAUCUCGCCUUCUCCUUCGGUGCCCCCUCCUUCCUUCUCGCCCUUCUCUUCGGAGUCUGCUUCCAUAAGGGCGUCUAGCCCUCUCGGAACCGCAGCAGGGACAUCUUUCGGGGCAGGAACCUCGUCUGUACCAUCUACCACGAGCAACUCGACCGUUGCGCGCUCCAUCCCCUCUACCUCCGAUUUUACCUCAUCCUCGUCCCCGUCCUCCGAAUCCUCGCCCAAUUCCGUUACGUCGUCCUCUAACACUGCUUCUGCUCCGGCUCCGGCCACUACUUCGAACACUACAGAAGCUCAGGAAUAUCUGAACACCCAUAAUAACUGGCGGCAGUUCUAUGACACGGAUGCGCUGACAUGGGGGGACGACCUGCAGCAGGCAGCACAGGCCUACGCGGACAGCUGCGUCUUUGCCAAUCCAGCGCCCAGUACUCUCGGGGUCUCGGCCGGUGCGAACCUCGCGGCCGGCACGGGGCUCUUUGCGCCCUACCAGGCAGUGGACGAGUUCAUGACCGACCUUUCCCAGUACAAUCCCCAGGACCCCAGUUAUCUGCAUUCCACGCAGGUGCUGUGGAAGAACACGACGCAGCUCGGGUGUGCCAAUGCGCAGUGCUCGAACAUACUCGACGAGCCCGCCACGUACCACGUGUGCCUUUACCACCCUGCCGGAAACAUCGUCGGCCAAGCCCAGUUCAACGUGCAAGUGGGAGAUACAUGA